AUGCUACCCAAAACUUUGUCCAAUAUUAUUUCUUUCCUACUAGUUCUGGUAAUCUUCAUCUGGAUCCUGCCAUCUCCGACCGAUGGUGAACGAUGGUGCGCGCAAAAUCCUAAAGAUACCAUAUUCCGCCGGCUAGGCACCAAAACUCCCUACCGGCAUGUCCAGAACAAGGAUGUGCGAAAGAUCGCCACAGUUGACGGAUGCACCGUUAGUAAGAUCUGGGGUCUAUUUCGACACGGUACGAGGAAUCCAUCGAAAAGCGUGAUCGAUCAUAUGCGUGGAACACUGCCGGAAUUACAGCGCGAUAUCGUAGAACAUGGACAACUGUGCCGAGAUCAGCUGGAACUGUUCGAACGAUGGCAUCCCCGCAUUAAGGUUGAAGACGCAAAACUACUAGUUCGCGAGGGCGGUGACGAACUGUAUCGGCUAGGCGAAAGGUUUCGCAAAAGAUUCGACGAUUAUCUUCCCGAACGCUAUGACGGCAAUGUAUUUCGUUUCAAAUUCACCAAAACUGAACGUGCCGAGUACAGUGCUCGAAAUUUUACGCGUGGGCUUUUUGGCCGUGAUGAGCCUAUCGAAUAUCCUGAGGCUGUGCGGCGGGAUCCGGUGCUUCGGUUUUACAAAGGUUGUGAAAAAUGGAAAAGGCAGGUGAAGGAAAACCCUUACUCGUACCGCGAGAUGGACCGUUUCGGUAGUUCGAAGGAAAUGAGGAGGGUUAUCGAGAAACUAUCAAAACGGAUAGGUACGUUCGUCAGUCCGGAGGAGGUACACGCCAUUUACCAGACGUGCGCCUUUGAAACUGCUUGGAGUGAACGAGACCUUUCGCCCUGGUGUUUGCUGUUUGACAAGGAAAGCAUCUCGGCAAUGGAGUACAACGAAGAUUUGAAAUAUUACUGGAUCGAUGGUUACGGGUACGAGCUUACCUAUCACCAGGCAUGUUCAGCGUUUGCCGAUUUGUUCGAAACCAUGGAAAAUGCGGAUAGGCCUUCUUUUACCUUUUAUUUUACCCACUCUGGCACGCUUCUAAAGUCGAUGGCCUUUUUAAAUCUGUAUAAAGACAACGAACCGCUCAUGGCGCAACACUAUCGCCACAAGCGGAAGUGGCGAGUCAGUCACAUCGAUGCGUUUGGAUCGAAUCUCUACUUUGUGUUGUACAAUUGCCCUAACGGAACACACCCCAUCGCACUAUACCACCAGGAAAGGCUAACGCAUAUUCCAGGCUGCCCGGAUGAUACACCACUAUGCAGUUAUGACCAUUUUAAGCAACUGUACGCUGAACGUAUAGAACAGUGUGAUUUGAAUACUAUGUGUUCAGAACCGCAUGUGCCUAGUAUGGUGAAAGAUGAAUUAUAG